UACGUGAUCAGAGAUAUUUUUCAGAGUUCACAGUUUCACACUGUUCACAGCAUUUACUACUUACUACACCUGACUGUACCUACUUAGAACGCUCGGUGACUCAUUCUUGUCUAGUUUUCGUUCGCAAGAAAAGUGUGAUUAAGUAAUUACUUACAUUGCAAAAAUAAAAAAAAAAACGAGAUUCCUAAUUGUACCUGAUAGGUAAACAAAGGCUUGAACACACGAUAAAUCAUCAAGUGCGAGCAUAAGAAUCAAAAGAGCCACGAGGCUUCUCACAUUACUUGAAUACUUAUCACCUGCAAUUAAGGCAACGUGAGAGACAAAAUGAGCACGCAGCAGAGCCCGGCGUCCUUGCAGGCGAGUAUCGACCGCGAGAAAAUCUACUCCUGGAUAAUCGAGCUCUCUAACCCAGAGAUGCGCCAGAACGCCCUGCUCGAGUUGAGCAAAAAGCGCGAGGUUGUACCGGAUCUCGCCCCCAUGCUCUGGCACUCGUUCGGCACCGUGUCUUCACUUCUCCAGGAGAUCAUCAACAUUUACCCGGCCAUCAAUCCCGCCACCCUCACCGCCCACCAGAGCAACAGAGUCUGCAACGCUUUGGCCUUGCUUCAGUGCUUUGCCAGCCAUCCUGAGACAAGAUCUGCGUUUCUCCAGGCACACAUUCCAUUAUUUUUAUAUCCGUUUCUGCAUACAGUUAACAAAACGCGACCUUUUGAAUAUUUAAGGCUGACUAGUUUAGGAGUAAUUGGAGCUCUUGUGAAAACAGAUGAGCAGGAGGUCGUCACAUUUCUGUUAACCACAGAAAUCAUUCCACUAUGUCUGCGAAUUAUGGAAAGUGGAUCUGAGCUCAGUAAAACGGUAGCUACAUUUAUUCUGCAGAAAAUUUUACUCGACGACAGUGGCUUGUCAUACAUAUGUCAAACGUACGACAGAUUUAGUCAUGUGGCUAUGAUUCUUGGAAAAAUGGUUUUGUCCCUGGCUAAAGAUCCUUCUGCCCGUCUUUUAAAACAUGUUGUAAGAUGUUAUCUUAGGUUGUCUGAUAACCCACGAGCUCUUUUGGCCCUAAGGCAAUGUCUUCCAGACCAGCUGAGAGACAAUACUUUUGCCUCUUGCCUACAGGAAGAUGUGUCAACUGAGCACUGGUUAAAUCAGUUGUUGAAAAACUUGGAAGCUGGUCCGCAGCAAGUUCCUUCAUCACAGCCAGGUCAGCCUGAUCCAAGAAGCAUUGGAAUGUCUCCGUUGACCUCAUAAGUUCUGUGAUUGAACAAGAAUUUGAUAUUUUUAAUCGCGCGAAUGUGACGUGUAUAUACAUAUUUUUUGGUUAUGGAGUAUGCAACCGUGAGAUUUUUUUCCUUGUUUUGCCAUGUGAUACCGUUACCGUGAACGAAUUGGCAUUACAAAGGCUAGUCGAUUGUGUUCUCCAGAAAUUCCGCCUACUCCAUGACACCUUCCCUUAGUAUUUGUAAAUUUAAGGUCUAGUGUAAGAGUAGUAAUUCAAGUCUGACUGUAAUUUUUUUCUUUGCGUAAAUUGAUGGAAUUGAAUAUAAAAGCAGAGUAUAGAAAAUUUGUAAAUAGUGCUAUUAAUUAAGGUAUUUUUUUUUACAAGAAGCACUAUUAUGCGUUACUGUUGAGCCCAGUUAACAUUGCAUAUUUAAAAAGUUAGUUAUAUCGUAGAUAUAGAGAAAUUAAUUCUAAACUAAUAAAUAAUCAGAAAGUAUAUUACGUAUGAAUUAUAUCGCGAGACACGUGCUCGUGUUCUAAAAUGUUUAAGAAAGAAUAUUUGUUUACCAAAAUUCGAAAUAAAAAUUAUAUUUGUAAGCAUCA